AUGAAGAGGUGCAAGUCAGACGAGCUGCAGCCGCCGCAGGGAGAGGAGGAUGGAGGUGGGCUGGAAGAUGCCGUCUGCCACCUGCCCGGCACGGACCUCCGGCCCGGGUGGCCCAUGGGUGCUAACUCUGCGGGCGGCGGGCCAACUUCCGACGCGGGCGCUGCCGCCUUGGCGCCCAACCCGGGACCCCGGAGCAAGCCUCCGGACCUCAAGAAAAUCCAGCAGCUCUCGGAGGGCUCCAUGUUCAGCCACGGCCUGAAGCACCUGUUCCACAGCCGCCGCCGGUCACGAGAGAGGGAGCACCAGACGUCUCAGGAUUGCCAGCAGCAGCAGCAGCAGCCACAGCCUCAGCCGCAGGGAGUCUCUGACCAUGACUCCCCGGACGAGAAGGAGCGUUCCCCCGAGAUGCACCGGGUCUCCUACGCCAUGUCCCUGCACGACCUGCCCGCCCGGCCCACCGCCUUCAACCGCGUGCUCCAGCAGAUCCGCUCCCGGCCCUCCAUCAAGCGGGGCGCCAGCCUGCACAGCAGCGGCGGGGGCAGCGGCGGGGGCGGCAGCCGGCGCACCAAGAGCAGCUCCCUGGAGCCCCAGCGCGGCAGCCCCCACCUGCUGCGCAAGGCGCCCCAGGACAGCGGCCUGGCCGCCCUCCUGCACCAGCACCAGUGCCGGCCCCGCUCCUCCUCCACCACGGACACCGCCUUGCUGCUGGCGGACGGGGGCAACGUGUACCUCUUGGCCGAGGAGGCCGAGGGCGUCGGGGACAAGGUGGACAAGGGGGACCUCGUGGGCCUGAGCCUCUCCGGCGGCCCCGGCCACGGCGACCCCGACGGCCCCAUCAGCCUGGACGUGCCGGACGGGGCCCCCGACCCCCACCGGACCAAGGCCGCCAUCGAGCACCUGCACCAGAAGAUCCUGAAGAUCACGGAGCAGAUCAAGAUCGAGCAGGAGGCGCGGGACGACAACGUGGCGGAGUACCUCAAGCUGGCCAACAACGCGGACAAGCAGCAGGUGUCGCGCAUCAAGCAGGUGUUCGAGAAGAAGAACCAGAAGUCGGCCCAGACCAUCGCGCAGCUGCACAAGAAGCUGGAGCACUACCGCCGGCGGCUGCGGGAGAUCGAGCAGAACGGGCCCUCGCGGCAGCCCAAGGACGUGCUGCGGGACAUGCAGCAGGGCCUGAAGGACGUGGGCGCCAACGUGCGCGCGGGCAUCAGCGGCUUCGGGGGCGGCGUGGUGGAGGGCGUGCGGGGCAGCCUCUCGGGCCUCUCGCAGGCCACCCACAGCGCCGUGGUGUCCAAGCCCCGCGAGUUCGCCAGCCUGAUCCGCAACAAGUUCGGCAGCGCCGACAACAUCGCCCACCUGAAGGACCCGCUGGAGGACGGGCCCCCCGAGGAGGCGGCCCGGGCGCUGAGCGGCAGCGCCACGCUCGUGUCCAGCCCCAAGUACGGCAGCGACGACGAGUGCUCCAGCGCCAGCGCCAGCUCCGCCGGGGCCGGCAGCAACUCCGGGGCCGGGCCCGCCGGGGUGCUGGGGAGCCCCAAGUCGAACACGCUGUACGGGGGGGCGCCCGGGAACCUGGACACCCUGCUGGACGAGCUGCGGGAGAUCAAGGAGGGGCAGUCGCACCUGGAGGACUCCAUGGAGGACCUGAAGUCCCAGCUGCAGAGGGACUACACCUACAUGACCCAGUGCCUGCAGGAGGAGCGCUACAGGUAUGAGCGGCUGGAGGAGCAACUCAACGACCUGACCGAGCUUCACCAGAAUGAGAUGAGCAAUCUGAAGCAGGAGCUGGCCAGCAUGGAGGAGAAGGUGGCCUACCAGUCCUACGAGAGGGCUCGGGACAUCCAGGAGGCCGUGGAGUCCUGCCUGACCCGGGUCACCAAGCUGGAGCUGCAGCAGCAGCAGCAGCAGGUGGUGCAGCUGGAGGGCGUGGAGAACGCCAACGCCAGGGCGCUGCUGGGCAAGUUCAUCAACGUGAUCCUGGCGCUCAUGGCCGUGCUCCUGGUGUUCGUGUCCACCAUCGCCAACUUCAUCACGCCCCUCAUGAAGACGCGCCUGCGCAUCACCAGCACUGCCCUCCUGGUCCUCACGCUCUUCCUCAUCUGGAAGCACUGGGACUCCCUCACCUACCUCCUGGAGCACGUGCUGCUGCCCAGCUGA